AUGAGAUUCACUGCCGCAAAGUCCAGCCAAGUGGGUGACAUCCCUAAAGAAAACCAAAGGAUGGCCGGUCCAAAUUGGCAAUUGCCUCAUGCAAAAGAUCAAGUUACCUUCUUAGACCACGACUGCGUGAUAGAUGCAGAAGGGUAUCCACUAUGCCCAAACAACAACACCACCUACGUCUUACUACCGGACGUCAAAAUAAAGAAUUUUGGGAAGGUGGGUUUCUCCAAGACAACUAGUUAUGGAACGACCACCAACAAGAAAUGGAAGACAAUCCGUGUAUACUGCCUGGGUGUACUAGUCUGUGAUCAAGAAGAUUGUGAUUAUGCUGGUCCCCCACCCACCGGCGCUGGCAAAAUAGAUGAGUAUCUUGCAACGGAUCCAAUUUGUGAAGGAUCCAGAUGUCAAGGGAAGGUUCACUGGCAGGAGUGCAACGAUACCCACUUGCGGUUUGACACUGAAGUCGCAACGGGAUGGAGGCUCCUUCGACACAAAGGUUUCCAUAACCACCGAUGGCCAGACCUGAAGAAGCCCGACCCCCUUGCCAUGGAGGUCUUGAAGAAGGAAGUUGCCAAAAACCCCAAGGCAGGGACCCUACAACUGAAGGUUGGCAACCCCAAUGACGCUCACAAGCCCGAAGGCACAGUGGAAGAUAUCCAUGUAUCUCUUGGCAAUUUGGAUCGGUUCCGACACUAUCGGCGUGAAAUCCUUCGACAGCUGAACUUGGCACCCGAGAAGAUGGGAGGUGGCAGCGGUGAUAAGUUCAUGCACGACAUGUUCACCUGGGAACAGUUGAGUUGUCCUGGCAUUGAUUCAACCUUUUAUAAAACCCAUCCAAGCUAA